AUGACGAACAUUGCGGGGGAACCCCUGUCUGCCCACACGCUAUCCACGCUAUCCAUCCCUGCUAGCACUCAGUCCGAGUUCGCUGUUCUGAUUCUUUUGGGUCUACACGGACCGUCUUCCACUUCGAGACUAUGCCUCGUCCCAAGAUCUCAGAGCAGAACCGGCAACGGAUCGCAAAAGCCUGUCUAUAUUGCCAGUCCAUUUGACAGCUCCAGUCAACGUAUCCCUGUGGGCAAGGAUGCAAAAGACGAUUUUUCCGAAACACAUGUCGCUAUUUCAAACCUUCCUCGCAACCUAUGCGACGCCAAUCAGAGAUCUCUGCAUCUCGGGAAUUCUGCUGCGCUCUCUUUCCUUCAGAAUAUUCAAGAACUAAUGCAGGCCGACGAGGCACUCCCUACACUGCCAGCCGAUUUAUCUAGUAGCGCACCACUUGAAGUGCCAACGUCUCACGUCCGUGAGAACUUCUCGCUCUACGAUUGUCUUGAUGGUCCCGGCCUAGUCUCGCUAGUAGACGUUUUCUUCACCUCGCAGACUUGCGGUAUUUUAGACAUCUUUAAUCGUUCUCACAUCCAAGGUCUUGUCGACUGCUGGGUAAAUAGAACACCUUCAGGAUCGAGCUCCAAUACCACAAUCCUAUAUCUUGUGAUUGCAUACGCUGCGCAGACUCGUAGUGCCUCUGAAGCUGACAAAAGCAUUUCUCAAAGUUGCUUUCACCGCGGUCGGCAGAUUGCAGUUCAUGAGUUAACGAGGGAGCCUAGUAUCGAAACCGUCCAGGCGUUCCUGCUUAUCAGCUUAUACAUGCUCGGUUGUUCUCAGCGCAAUGCUGCCCAUUUUAAUUUGGGAAUUUCGUUGAGCGCGGCGAGGUCUCUCGGGUAUCAUCGUAUGCAUGCGGAAGUUGAACAAAAGAAUGAGUUGCGGAGGCGCAUCUGGAGGACUUUAUGCUAUCAUGAUUUAUUUUUCUGUGCCAUGAUGGGUCGCACGCCGUCGACAUCUACUACUGAUUUGGUAACAGAAGAUGAUUCGCGGCUUGAUUCAAGCGAUCCGGACUUUUGUCAACAGCUUGGGAUGCUUGAAUCGGCGCGAGCUUUUUCGAUAAUGCGACAAACGGUCAUCGAAAUAUACACAAAACAGUCCGUGCCAUUGGGGCUACUACAAAGUAUCUCGACUAAACUGCAAGAACUUAGCAAGGAAGUCCCCGCCGAGCUACGCAGCCUAGAGCAUGGCUCAUCACAAAGCCAUUUAGGAUGUCAACAUCAGCGAUUGGUACUCCGAAACGCCAGCGUUGCUUGUGACUACCACUUUAGCAUGAUGCUCCUCACCCGGCCAUUUCUUGUUGCUUGUUUGAGAAUCAGUUUUCAAAAUAACAGGAACCCGCAAUCUGGAGAGUUCACAAACUCUCAGGACUCGAAUAUUCACAAGGAUGUUGCCCGGGGUGCGAUGCAAGCUAUUGAUGCUGCACUCAGCACAGUCCAACUCAUCUAUGAAAUCCAUGUAGCUGGGUUGCUAUUCAAUAAUAUGCCUCUUGUAGUGGCCCGAGUAUUUGUAUCAGCUUUGACAGUUUGUGCGGCCUUUCUUGGCCGACUGGGUGAUUCCAAGGAAUGUGAGCUUGCAAUUCACCGAGCCGAUCAAAUUCUACAGCACUUCAUGAAGAACAGCCCCCAGGCAAAGCAGUACGAUGCUAUUCUGAAGAAUUUAUCCAAGGCCGCCUUUGGCUUUGGCCAUCACCAGGGGCAAAGAGACUCGUCAAAUCGUAUCACUUCAAUGUCGGAUCUAUUCGGAUUGUAUUCGGGUGUUCACUACGAUUCUGAAGCUCCUCAUGAUACCCUCGCUACGAUCAACUCUGUCGCAGUGGACGACCCUCAAGGCAUUUCUUUGUCUCGAGGUGUUUCCACAUCUAGUAUUUCCCCGCAAGCCGACGUGGUCCGGUCGACAGAGUACGAGUCUGGUGUUGUUUUUUCUCAAACCGAGGAAAUCUGUCGACCUGAUGAUUUUAUUCCCCCCGGCCACCAAACGACAGCCGACUCUUUCGACUUUAGCGGACUGAGUGGAGAUAAUUUCUCCCUUGAUCUUCAAGCAACUGAAAGCAUUUGGGAUAUCAAUUGGGAUGGAAUGCUUCUAUAA